UGUAAGCACUUAUUGAUUUGGAUGGUACAGACCACUUUCCUUUUUCCAACCGGCUUUGGGUAUUCGACAAAAAUGAAUAUUUUCCUAAUAUUUACGCUAAUUUUGUUGUUAAAUACAUCUACUGUAAGUUCUGACGGUGUAUUAGGCUGUGGAGGGUUUGUCAAGUCAGAUGUUGACAUCAACUUUUCCUUGGUUGAGGUGAAGUUGUACACUCCACACUGGAGCAUUAAAUAUCAGACUGAUUGUGCACCAAACACUGGUUACUACCUUAUUCCCUUAUAUGAUAAAGGUGACUUCAUCCUUAAAGUAGAACCACCUAAAGGAUGGACAUUCGAACCUGAGAGUGUAGAGUUACAAGUUGAUGGAGAAAAGGACAAAUGCAGUAUUGGAGAAGAUAUCAACUUUGUAUUUACUGGAUUUUCUCUCAAUGGCAAGGUGAUCAGUAGAAGACAGGUGUCAGGUCCAGCUGAUGUGAAGGUUAACCUAUACAAGUCAGGAUCUAAAGAUGUUCUACAGACGGUUACCACAUCUGAUGAUGGCAGUUACCAGUUCAAGAGAAUCAUGCCUGGAAAAUACGACAUAAAAGCCACUCAAGAUCAAUUUAAGUUUGAAAAGUCUGAAGUAAGUGUAGAAGUAACAUCUGACAAUGCUGAUGCAGGUAGUAGCUUGAUUAUUGCUGGAUAUGCAGUUACAGGUAAAGUAUUUAGUGAAGGGGAACCUAUAAAGGGAGUGAAUUUCCUCCUGUAUUCAUCGACAGUUAAUAAAAACGAUGUGUUAGAGUGUGACAAGUCAGCUGUGGCAGGGAUCGGGAAAGUUGACAAGUUAGACCCACUGUGUCAUGUGAGCUCGGACACCACGGGAAAAUUUACAUUUCCCUGUCUGGCUACUGGGGAAUAUUUUCUGGUGCCAUUUUACAAGGGCGAACAUAUUACAUUUGAUGUUAAACCAGAGAAACUUCCAUUCCAAGUAACCCACGGACCGUUAAACCUUGAGACUGUAUUUCAAGUUGCAGGCUUUUCUGUAAGUGGACGUGUUCUAGAUUCUGAAAAGGGAUCCGGGAUCAGUAAGGCAGAGAUAUUAUUGAAUGGCAGACCAGUAACAACCAGUGGAGUGGAUGGCGUGUAUCAUCUGGAGAAUAUGAAGACAAACACAUAUAAAUUACAGGUCAAAGCUGACAAUAUUUUCUUCGAUGAACAGGAGAUUAAGAUUACCCCAAACACUCCACAGUUACCUCCCAUUGUCCCUUCAAGUUUCAACAUCUGUGGUAGAGUAACUAUAAGCAAGUUUCCAGACAGUCUGUCGCAGCAGGUCACUAAAAGGAAGUUGAUCAUCUUCCCAGAAGGCAAAGGGUCUGCAGCGGUAUCCAAGGAAACUGAUGAUGAGGGAAAGUUCUGUACGCCUGUUAAACCUGGCAAAUACAUUGUUAGAGUCCAUCUAUCUGAUACUGAAACUAAAGCUGGUUUGACAAUAGCCCCAGUUGAACAGUUGGUCACGGUGACAAGUAAACCAGUAUUGGACGUCCUGUUUUCUCAGUUCCGUGCCCAGGUAUCAGGUACUGUAAAAUGUAUGGAGAAAUGUGGACCAAUGGAAGUUUCCCUCGAUGCUGUAGGAAGAUCAGAUAAACAGAUCUCUCAGACCCUUACAUCACAGAAUACAGCCACCUUUAUCUUUGAGAAUGUUCUACCUGGAAAAUACAAAGCAACUAUAAUGAGGGAUAGUUUAUGUUGGAAAGAGAAGACUGUAGACUUUGAAGUGGGCAACUCUAAUGUAGAGAAUCUACAGUUUCUACAGACAGGAUAUAUACUGAAGUGUACCAUAUCUCAUCCUAUAACAUUGCAUUUUGCCCAGGAAAAGAAGGAAGGCAGUGUGGGAUCAUUUGAGCUAAACAAAGGCAAGAACCGGUUUUGUCUGGCUCAACCAGGUAUUUACAAGCUCACACCAGACUCGUGCCACAAGUUUGAGAAGGAAAUUUAUACCUAUGACACCUCAAAUCCGGAGACACUCACCCUCACAGCAGUAUCACACCUUGUACACGGUGUUGUAAAAACUGAGCUACCAGUCCAGGAUCUGAUGGUGACAAUUGUGUCAGGACUGGACCAGUCUACCACAAACCUGGGACCGCUCAAAGUUGACAGUGCACCUGGUGGUAAUGGUUCUAAACAGGAAGUGAAAGGACCACAAGUUUAUAAAUUCUCCCACUGGACUAGAUCAGGGGAGAAACUUGCUGUAACAGUGAAAAGCUCAGAGAUGUUGUACACACCACCCUCCAUGGAAGUUAACAUUGUUGGAGAUUCCUGUCCAGGAGAAAUGAUAAAAUUCAGUGGCGAACGAGGUUUGUUUAUAAUAGGUCACGUUGAGCCGGCGCUAGCUGAUGUCACGAUCACUGUUUACGAUAGUGAGGAGAAAGUCGACCCUGUCACAACACUGACCGGUAGUAAUGGAGGCUUCAAAAUUGGUCCCCUUCACAAGGGUUUUGAUUACCAGGUAAGGGCCGAGAAAGAUGGAUAUGUACUGGAGAAAGAUGAGGAAGAAAUGGCCGUAUUUAAGGCUAGAAAACUCAGUAGAGUUGACGUCAAGAUAAUUGAUGAAGCAGAUCAGCCACUAUCGGAAGUGUUACUUUCGUUAAGUGGAGGUAAACAAUACAGGAGUAAUAAUCUUACACAUGAAGAUGGAACUAUGGUGUUUAUGAAUCUCAGUCCUGGUCAAUAUUUUCUACGUCCUAUGAUGAAGGAGUACAAGUUUGAGCCCGUGUCACAAAUGCUCGAAGUCCUUGAAGGUACCACUGUCGAGGUCAGCAUUAGAGGUGUCAGGACAGCCUACAGUUGUUACGGUCAGGUUACAUCAUUAAACGGGGAACCAGAGCCAGGUGUAUUUGUGGAAGCGCUAGGUAUUGAUGAUUGUUCUAUGUAUCAGGAAGAGAGUAAAACAGAAGCCAAUGGUAACUACAGGAUACGAGGUCUACAGCCAAAAUGCAAGUAUGAGAUAAGACUGAAAAUUGGAGACAUGAACAAACAUAUUGAACGGGCGGCACCAAAGUCUAGAAUUGUCUUGGUUGAAAAGACGGACUUUGUUGGUGUGAACAUUAUUGCAUUCAGACGUAUGAAUCAGAUGGACAUCAGUGGAAAUGUUGUAACAGAACCUGAAUUCUUACCUUCUCUUAAAGUAAGACUGUACAAGGAGGAUAAUCCAGGUGUACCAAUGUUCACUGCUCCACUAGGUGUGGUCAGUUUCUUCUAUCUACCAUCUCUUCAAAUGGACGAUUCGGUAUAUACUGUGCGUCUAGAAACCUCGCUGUCCAAGAAUACUCAUGACUUUGUACAGCCAGAGAUAGAAAUUAGGGCCAACCUAUCAUACAAGCAUAUUACAUUUAGAUUUGAACCAAAGAGGAAGUCGGUAGAACAAGAGUUGAGUCAGAGUUCUGUACUUGUGUUACCUCUCACCAUCCUUAUAGCAGUUGCUGUCUACCAUUAUCAAAAGCUUUUACCAUUUGGUCAGCAGUUGUUGAGCCAGGCACAGGCAUUUGUACAGAAACGUCAAGCUGCGGUCAAUGUUCACCAGCAACAACAACAACAACCCACCCAAUACUCUCCCAUACAAGAUUUUGACUUACAAGACUCGCCUGUACUUAGAAAGAAAAAUAAACCCAGGAAAACUUGAUAGUAAUGUUCAAUGUCUAGGUUUAUUCAAUUCAGUUAACAAAAUAAUGUGUACAGUAGUGCAAUUUGAUAUUGUGAGCAUAUGACAUAAUUAUAUGUUUGAUUGAAAAUCAAGAAAAUUUUAUGGUAGUUUAGUUUUCCUAAACUGCAGAAACAUUCCAAUAAUUAGGCCUCAGUUUAACAAGCAAAGUCAUAGAACAAAUCAGGAUUAGCUAUUUUGCUGACAGAAAUUGUAUGAUCUUACGUUAUGUACAAAUUUUACAUUAAUUAUGCGUCAGUAUUUUGAUAGCAGUCUGUUCAAGUAUUAAAGGACAUUUUCAAAUUCAGAAGAGGUUUUCAGGAAUACAAAUUUAGCAAGGUAUCUAUGGAAACAAAAAUCAUUAUUUAAGUAUUACUUUAAAACAAACAUUUUGAUUUAUUCUGUAGUUAUGGGAAUUGAUUCUAUCACAGCCUAAAUAGAAACACAGGUUUUUAUUUACUUACUGCCGUUGUACUGCCAUUAUAAUGAUUUUAUUGUCCAUCUUUACCACUUGAUCUUUGAAUGUAUUGUAUAUGAAUAACCUCAUUUGUUAACCCAGCAUCUUUACCCAUUGUUUAUCUCAGAAGUUUCUUGUAUCAAGAUUAUUAUUUAUCCAUUUUAUUUACAUAUGUCUAGAUAGUGUGACUGAUUUUAUAAUACUUGUAAAUGUAAUUUGUAUUUUUUUGGUGGCGCAUAAUCAUGUACAUGUAGUUGCCAAUUUGUGCUUUUGCUCCACCUUCUGUCACACUUGAUUAUCAUUUCUCAGAUCACCUUCAAUUUUUGACUGAUACAUUACCUUUUUGUAUUUGGUGUGUUGGUACAUGGACAUUUUCAGGUCAGUUUUUGUCAAGGUCAUCUAGGCUAAAAAUAGACUUCCAUUAAAAGGUCAUCUUUUUGGUUUUGUCAAAAUAAUUUUGGGAACCAUACAUUAGUGUAAGAAAUAUUCUUGUUUCAGUGUGAAAGUAUUGAGUACAUGUAUACAAUUUGUUAUUUGUAUUUCAAUCAUCAGUGUACAAAUGAGCCGUGUCAUGACAAAACCAACAUAGUGCGUUUGCGACGAGCAUGGAUCCAGACCAGCCUGCGCAUCGACCAGCCUGCGCAUCCGCGCAGUCUGAUCAGGAUCCAUGCUAUUCGCUUACUAACUCUAUUACAAGUAGAGAAACUGACAGCGAACAACAUGGAUCCUGAUCAGACUGCGCGAACGCGCAGGCUGGUCUGGAUCCAUGCUGGUCGCAAACCCAUUAUGUUGGUUUUGUCGUGACGCGGCUCAAAUAAGGUUUUUAGUGGAUUUUUUGCAUUUCACAUUGGUAUGUAUGAUUAUUUCACAGUGACAGAGUUAAGUGAUUGGUUUAAUUUUCCUGUGCAAAAGUAAAUUAUAUGUAUUUUAUUGUAUUGAUGUGUG